AUGAAGGCAAACAAACACACACAGGUCAAAAGUAAGUCUCAGAAAUGGAAAGAUGUGAGAGGCAAACGGUGCAGGCCCCUCAUCACCCCUUCAGACCUCAACUCCAGUCCCGUCGUGGUCAGAAUGGUAAAGGAGCACCAGGUGGCUAAGAAGAAGAAAAGGCUGAAAAAGAAAGCCAAACCAGUCUCUGAGCCUAAACUAACCCCUCCCAAGUCUGAAUGUAAGAAAACACACCCUCAGACGAAUGGGAGCUCCUCGUUAUCCCAGGAUGCUGAGGCAGAAGACGUGCAGGACUGGAAGGAGUAUUCCCAGUCGAUCCUUAGGAAUGGUAUGGAGACUUCAGGUGAUGUAGAGGACAUUCGAAUGAGUAGACUGGAGGGAGAGGCUCUCCAUCACUGUGCACAGAGAGAUGACCGACAGAACCACGCUGUGCUGGUCUUGCAGAAACAUCAGACCCUUUGUUUUCGUGGGAAGUGCAUUUUGACCUGUCUGUACGGUCGUGUUGAAGUCAUGGGAUUUACCAUCGAAGAGGGUCAGAAGUCGUACCCGCUGUUUUCCCCGGCUUCACACUGUCCACUCACCAUCAGAGCAAUGGAGACCUCUCACGACGUCAGAGACCACAGAACAGACACUUCACUCAUACUUCAAGAAUAUCUAACGCCAGCAUCACGGAAGAAGUUACUGAAAAAGGUCACGUCAACGUCAUCCAUCAUCCUGCUUGAGCCCAUGGAGACGCCUCUGACCCGCUUCCUGUCCAGCUUUUCUCAUCUCGGUGAACUGUUCAGCCCCCCAGCGAGUGAACUCAUGUCAGCUGUUCUCGAUACCCCGCUGAACGGUCUGGGCAUGAUUCCCCUGGCCAGCAACAUCGAGGGUCUGAAAAUAUCCAGGAGCUGCAAAGAGACCCUGAACAGCGUGGUCAGCGCGUGCAGAGGAGACAUUGACGGCUGCGCUGUUGUUCUUGUAUGUGGAACCAAGAACGUGGGCAAGUCAACAUUCAUCCGUAACCUCAUCAACACGGCAUUGAAUCACACUGCUGCUGUGGACUAUUUGGAAGGAGACCUGGGUCAAACUGAAUUCACCCCUGCCGGUUGCCUUUCUCUGUCCACAGUCACAGAGCCUCUUCUGGGUCCUCCGUUCACACACCAGAACACCCCAGAGCACAUCAUCUACUUCGGUCAGCCAUCAUGUGAGUCGGACAUGGACCGCUACUUGGAGUCUCUGAAAUCGUUGUUUCGUCAGCGCCCCCAGAGCAGAGAGAUGCCCAUCAUCAUCAACACCAUGGGCUGGGUCAAAGGAUUUGGACUCCAGUUGUUGGUGGACAUAAUCCGGUUCCUCCCAGUCACACACGUGGUCCAGCUCAGCCACGGCGGUACCACCCAGUGUCCCGCCCUGACUCCAGAGUAUCUGAGGACUGCUCACGGCUAUCAGACUCACCCGCCCUCUCAGACUGCGUUGGAUGAGUUCACAGAGAGCCACUGCCCCCCCAGGACCUACUCUCACCUCAGCGUGCAGUCAGAGUUCCAGGGCGUUGCUCGCCAGGGGACAGCGAGACACCAGCGCACCAAUGAGCACAGAGAGCUGUCCCUACUGGCCUACCUGAGUCAGCUGCAGUCUCCUGAUCCUGGUCCGGUCAGACCCCUCCACAGCCUGACCCCGUACCAGGUGCCUUACACAGCGGUGGCUUUAGGCGUGAUCCACUGUGAGGUGGCGCCAACUCACGCGCUCUACGCUGCCAACGCCAGCCUGGUGGGACUUUGCUGCCUGGCAGAGAAAGUAGCCAGCAGGGGGGGUCCAGUCCUGCUGUCCCAGGCACCCGUUUGUCCCUGUGUGGGCUUUGGUGUCCUUCGAGGUAUCGACACAGCCCGAGGUCUGUACUUCCUGCUGACUCCCGUAGAUCCCUCCACCCUUCGAAAGGUCAACUGCCUCCUGUUGGGGGCAAUUUCAUUGCCUUCGUGCAUUCUCACAUCCCAGCCUGGCCUCGAAGGGGAGACGCCUUACGUUACUACAGACUACAGCUUUGACCUAAGCGGAGCUGGAAAAAUACGAGUCUUUAAGGGACUGAUGAGGCCCAGUCAGAUGGGAACGCAGUAGCGCGGCCUCGACGUUUCUUCUCUGGACCGUGAAUGUUCAGAACAUUGUUGACUCUGCAGAGCGAGGGCUGCUUCUGUCUCUGCCCCAGGUGUUCCCGCUAUGGACGUACCACCUGCUGAGAAAGACUUUAAUAUCCCAUGAAUGGAGAUUACGCCAUAACUUGUGUUUUUAAUUGUUGUUUGACAUCUCUUCUUUGGUGGUCGCAUUCCAAAACUCAACCCCUGCCAGGUAUUAAAAAGCAAACAAAUAAAUAAAAACACUUGUUUUGUGCUUCCUUCA